AUGUCACCCAGCGCUGAGCAGCGCGGCGGCAACAAGCAAGACCACGCUCAUGCAGAACAAAUUGAGAUAGCCAUUCCUUCCCGAGGCGACCUUGUCUAUGACAAUAUCGAGGAAAAGCCUGAGCUCCAUUUCCGAACCUGGAUAGCAGUUGCGGCAAUGUUCCUACUCAACUUUGUCCAGGUUUUCGCCUUGCAAGGUCCUCCAUCUGUCCUCUCUCACAUCGGCCGCUCCAUUGAUGCUACGAAGUCGCAGACCUGGAUACCGAAUUCCCUAUCUUUGGUUCAAGCUGUGCUCGGACCAAUGAUCUCCUCUGCAUCAGAUGUCUUUCAAGCCCGGAAAAUAUUGCUGGUCUCAUCUUGCUGCAUAUCGUUCAUCGGCAGCGCUACUGCGCCUAGUUGUCGAAGCAUUGGCAGACUCGUUACUGCGCAAGCAUUAAUUGGAGUCGGCUUCGCAAGUGUGCCGUUAACGUACUGUGUCCCUUCUGAGAUAUUGCCACGGCGGUGGAGACCUGUUGUGCAAGGAGCCAUGAAUGUCGCUUCUUCUCUCGCGGCAGUCUGUGCGCCAUUGUCAAUUGGUGCGUUGACGCGGGCUGAUCCCGAACACGGAUGGCGAAAGUUCUACUGGAUUCAGAUGGCGCUUUGGGGAGCGACAGCAAUCGGCAUACUGCUCGCGUACAGGCCCCCGCAACGACACACUUCCUUGGAUGGUCUGAGCCUACCUGCGAAAAUACUGAGUCUGGACUUAACCGGCUUUGCAUUGUUCACCAUUGGCCUGACGCUACUCUUGAUCGGCAUCAGCUUGGGAGGUGGUCUCUAUCCAUGGGAUAGCAGUCGCGUCGUCGGAACCCUGAUCGCUGGCGUGGUGCUUUGCAUUGCGUUCGGGAUAUACGAAUGGAAAGGCACUCGCACGGGGAUCUUGCAUCAUGAUCUCUUCCAAGGGGACAAUGGGCGAGGGCGCACCUUCUCGCUUUGCGUCGUUCUCAUCAUGAUUGAGGGCAUACUCCUCUUCUCAUAUAUCAUCUUCUACCCGGUCAUGACAGACAGUCUUUUCGAGCAAGAUGCGUUCUUACUUGUUCUCCGAGGUGAACCUUUCUGGAUAGGUUGCGCCGUGUCCACCAUGGCCUAUGGUUGGAUUUCCACGAGGUUGAGAUCGAUCCGCACGCCCAUGUUCGUUGGCUACCUCUUAUGGACUGGUGCUAUCAUCGGGUUGGCGACCGUACAGCCUGGACAGGGAGUGAAUGCCACUGUUCUAUGUGGGCUUGCUGGCUUUGGCUGUGGUGCUCCACUGUGCCUGAUAAUUGCAGGCGUUCAGCUAUCCGCGCCUCACUCAUUGAUUGCUACGGCAACAUCCGUCACAACCUCAGGUCGCGCCGUAGCUGCUACAGUCUUCACGGCAGUAUAUAGUGCUGCGUACACGGACCGGACGACACGGCUUGUCCCGCAGUACAUUUCGGCGGCAGCACUAGCGGCAGGCCUACCUGCCAGCUCAGUCUCAGCUCUAGUGACUGCGCUCUCAGCGAACAACGAAACAGCGCUCGGCGACGUCGCUGAUAUCUCCGAACAGAUUGCGGCAGCUAGCUCAGCGGCACAGAAGCAUGCCCUCGCCGACUCUAUCAGGGUCGUGUACAUGAUUGCAGCACCGUUUGGAGCGCUGGCCUGCAUCAUUUGCUUCUUCAUGGGCGAUCUGACCAAGACUAUGAACUACCGGGUGGACGCUCCUGUCGAGGAGCUUAAAGCAAUACAUACGGUAGAGGGAUAG